AUGGAUUGGAAGUCAAAAACUGAUAUAUUCGAUGAUCCCCAAAUUGAACAACUGACAAUAUAUCCACGGUUCGUAAAUUCUAUGAAUACAAUCGAGAAGAAAACCAGGAAGCCUGGUGAGAGUUCCACCAAGGCAUCAGAACUUUGGAGAAGCGAUAUCAUGGAGGUGGAACGUCCACAUGAUGGACUAUCAUGUGCGAGAAGCGUGGACAAGUCGGCCAGCUUUGAUUAUGGAGAUUAUGAUUUCUCAAACCAGCAUGCCCAGACGUUCAACGUAGGACACGCUAGUGCAGGCAGCGGCAAAACAGGCUACAGCAAAGGCAGCGGCCUUCGCUCCAUAGCUCAAGGCAGUGCUGACCAAGCCAACAGUGCUGUGGCCAAUCAGCAGGCGGCUGCCAAACAGGCUGCUUAUCAGGCCAAAAACCAAUUGGCCCAAGCGGCUUCCCAAGCUGCGGCCACGGCCCAAGCUGCUCUUCAUGGUAAACAAGUGCUUUUAGAAGGAUUAGAACAACAAAGUGAAGAUGCUCAUCAUGCAUUGGAAGCAGAAAUUGCUCAACUUCAACAAGCAAAGAGAUCUGCUAAGGCCGCAGCAUACGCAGCUCAACAAGCUCUAAACCAGGUAAAUGUGAUUACUGCUGCUUUGAACACUGCCCAAGCAACUGCUGAACACAGCCAGCAAGCUGCCCAAGAAGCUGCCGCCGAAAUGGCCUCUCAAACCGCAAUGGUUGGAGCUGCCAAAAACCGCGUUGAACACAUUGACGAACAAUUGCACCAAGCUAGAGUGGAUUUUCAGGCAACUCAAGAGGCAGCCCAAAAUGCAGCUAAUUCGGCUCAAGCUGCCCAGAACAACGCAGCUGAGGCAGCUGUUCACGCCACCGUCGGAUUACACGAAACCAACAACCAAGCUGAUCUCCAUCAAGCAUCUUACGAAGCCGAACAGGUCAGCUCUUAUUAUGUCAAACCCAAGCAUUUACACGCCGUUAGUGAACACUCAGCUGAAGCAGCUAACCACAACUACAACUAUAAACCUGCUCCAGUUUCCCAAAAGCACCACAAACAAAGCAUCAUCAUCCAACAUCACCCUCACCUGAUGCCAGGAUACUGA